UCUGCAUUUAAGAAAAGAGAAGAAAAAAGAAAGAAAGAAAGAAAAAAAAAGGGGAUGUUUGUGUUUGUGGGAAUCUGAUGGUGGUGGUGGCAAUUGGUUGUAGGUAGGCAACGCUCAGCUAUGGCAGUCGAUUCCCCUUUCUCCCUCUCCCGGCAUUCCCAUUCCCAUUCCCAUUUGCAGUUUUCGGAAUAACCCCAACGGCCAGCUGAACUCCAUCUUCAUUCCCCCAUUCCCAUCGUGAUCAGGUUGAUUCCGACUCUCCGUGAUUCCAAUUCCGUCGUCUUCUCCGCGAGGAAAAAAAAUGGAGGAAUCGAAAGAGACGGUGAAGACGAAGAAAGCAGGGGCAGGGACAAUAUCAAUAUCAAUGGAUCACGUGCUAAUGGCGUUGAGAGAGACCAAGGAAGAGAGGGAAAUGAGAAUAAGGAGUCUUUUCAAUUACUUCGACGCCUCAAACGCUGGCUAUUUGGAUUAUGGUUCGAUAGAGGAGGGUCUCAAAUCUCUCCAGAUUCCGUCGGAUUAUAAGUACGCCAAGGAUUUGCUCAACGUUUGCGACGCCAAUCAAGACGGCCAAGUUGAUUACCAGGAGUUCAAGCGCUACAUGGACGACAAGGAGCUGGAGCUCUACCGCAUUUUUCAGGCCAUUGAUAUUGAGCACAAUGGCUGCAUUUUGCCCGAAGAGCUCUCCGAUGCACUCCUUGGAGCAGGGAUUGAAAUAGACGACGAGGAGCUCGCCCUUUUCGUCGAGCGCGUCGAUAAGGACAACAAUGGGGUCAUCACUUUUGAAGAGUGGAGGGAUUUCCUUCUGCUCUACCCUCACGAGGCUACUAUUGAGAACAUUUACCACUAUUUGGAGAGGGUAUGCCUUGUUGAUAUUGGGGAGCAGGCAGUCAUCCCGGAGGGAAUCAGUAAGCAUGUCCACGCCAGCAGAUAUCUCAUUGCUGGGGGAGUUGCCGGCGCAACCUCGCGCACAGCCACCGCUCCUCUUGAUCGAUUGAAGGUUGUUUUGCAAGUGCAAAUGGGGCAGGCUCGUAUCAUGCCUGCUGUAAGAGAUAUAUGGAAAGAAGGCGGACUAUUAGGAUUUUUUCGAGGGAACGGUCUUAACGUCUUGAAGGUGGCCCCUGAAAGUGCCAUCCGGUUCUAUACUUACGAGAUGUUCAAAGGCUUCAUUGCCAGUGCUAAAGGCAAUGAAGAUAAAGCUGAUAUUGGCACUUUGGGCCGCCUCUUAGCUGGUGGUUUUGCAGGCGCUGUGGCCCAGACUACGAUAUAUCCCAUGGAUCUUGUUAAAACCCGGUUACAAACUUUUUCUGGUGAAGGUGGAAGAGUUCCCAAUCUAGGAACCCUAUCAAGAGAUAUAUGGGUUCAGGAGGGACCCCGGGCAUUCUAUCGAGGUCUUUUUCCUUCUGUUCUUGGGAUUAUCCCGUAUGCUGGUAUCGAUCUUGCUGCAUAUGAAACCUUGAAAGAUUUGUCCAAGAAGUAUAUUCUUGAUGGUGAAGCCGGUCCACUUGUGCAAUUGGGAUGCGGAACAAUAUCUGGAGCUCUUGGAGCAACAUGCGUUUACCCGUUGCAGGUUGUCAGGACGAGAAUGCAAGCUCAGCGCUGUAACACAGACAGUGCUUAUAAAGGAAUGGGAGAUGUAUUCAGGAGAACCUUCCAACGUGAAGGGUUUAGGGGAUUCUAUAAAGGAAUAUUUCCUAAUAUGCUCAAAGUAGUUCCAUCGGCAAGUAUCACAUACCUGGUUUAUGAGAGCAUGAAAAAGAGUCUCGAUCUGGAAUAGGGAUCAAUCUAUCUUAGCAUGGCCUCCAUUCAAUAAUUAUUAUGUGAUUUGACAUAGCUGACUGUAGAGUUCACUAAAGUGGAAGUGGAAGUGGAAAGGGGAUGCAAUUGUGGAUGGUAAGAAUAACAUUCUUAGAGAGAUGAUUUGAUCAACAUAUGAUUGUUUUUGGUCACGUAAUGAUUAAAUGUUGCUCGCACUACAUAUUUCAAAGGACAAAAUUGGUUUGUCCAUGAAAGCAGUUAUCCCAAAACUUCCAUGUUGCUUUUAUAUGCGAGCUCACAGAUUGUUGUAUGAUAUUGAUACAAAAAAAACCAAGGAAGAAUUCUCA